AUGCCGUCCACAUGCCUCGCCUGUCGACUGCUCGCUGACGCCCUCCAUCUAUAUGAAGAGUCUUUGGCCAGCAACAUCCCAUAUUCCGAAGCACGAGACUUCUUUCUUGGCUCCCCCGCCGACAUCCGGUCACGGAGCACUGCCACUGGGUGCACCUCGUGCCAAUCCAUCCUCCUCUCAACAGAUCACUUACGCAGCAGUAUCCUCACUGCACACCUCUCCGACGAACAGCCUCGAGUGGCGGUCGUUGCGGGUGAGCCAGAUGAUCGAAGAGUUACUGCGACCCUCGCGUCCCGGAGGGGGUUUUUGACCACGGGCGGCGUCGGCGAAGAGCUCAGUAUCAGCUAUUUCCUGACUACCAGGAGCGUGACACCGCAGGAACCACGCGCGAGAAUCGUCAGUCCUUCCCAUGUGGACACGAAGCUCAUCAAAUCCUGGAUCUCCCACUGCGACGUUUCUCACAAAAACAUCUGUCAUCGCCCCUAUGACACCUACCUCCUGCCCAAAGCGCCCCUAAGCUUCAUUGACGUCCACAACCUGUGUAUCGUCUCGCCUCCCUCCAUCGGUAAAGAUGAUCCGCCGCCCCGGUACAUCGCGCUUAGUUAUGUCUGGGGCACUGCCCAGGUUCAGCUUGCGCUUAAAGAGAACGUAGCAGAGCUUCAUCGGCUAGGCGCGUUUGGCGAGGGGGGAGCGUUUACCCUGCCGCGGACUGUGCGUGAUGCCAUAGAGUUGACGGCCGAGCUGGGUGUGCCGUACCUGUGGGUGGACAGUGUGUGCAUCGUGCAGGAUGACGCGGAGACCCAGAAGGAGCAGCUCCGAGGGAUGGGUGCUGUGUAUGCGAAUGCGUAUCUCACAAUUGUUGCAUCAUCUGGGGAAGACGCCAAUGCAGGCAUUCCUCGUGUGGGAUCACCGCCAGCGUCAGAAGAUGAGCAGGAGCCGGUUCAGCGUGUGAUAACACUCCCCAACAACCCUCUGAUUAGAACACAGGGUCGGGAAUCAUUGAAUCCAGAGGAUCUGGAUUCUUCCAGCCUCAAAUGGAACACACGAGGGUGGACUCUCCAGGAGAAGGUCUUUUCUCGGCGCUUGCUCGGGCUGGGCCACAUGGCGACUUGGACUUGUUUCGGCGAUGAAUGGGCUGAGGAUGUAUGUUUCCCGAGUGAGAGGACUCAGACCCGGCUUCCCAUUUCUCGUAUUGAUAAGAACAAGAAGAUGGGCAUAGUGACAUGGCCUAGUAUUGGCGAAUAUAGCGACCUGGCGACUGAAUAUGCGAGACGAGACCUGACAUGGUCUGCUGAUGCGAUCAACGCCUUCUUGGGAGUCAUGACGCCCAUGGCUGCUUGGUUCCCCGGGGGCCUCUUAUAUGGUAUUGCAGAGUAUACAUUCGAUAUCGGCAUGCUGUGGGACGUCGGCCCUGCUGGUGUCCAUCUGCGGAGGGACCCGGGUUCGGUCCGACCCCUAUAUUCCACCGCUUUCAAGCAUCCCUCUUGGUCUUGGGUAUCGUGGCGGGGAGAUCUGAGGUUUGAUAUGUGGAAAGCCGCCGAGGACUACAGCUUCCCUCGCGGACCCCUGAUAGUACAUCCCUUGGCCACAUGGUACAAGCAGCUUCUGACUGGGAAAUGGGUGAAGAUUGACAAUACGUACCACGUUGUGCGAAAACACUUCGAGAGCGAGGGCACCAGCAUUCCGGAGGAUUGGACACGUCACACAGAGGACCAGGAAGGCAAGAUAUACUAUCAAAACAAGAGCCAUGAGCAUAUAGUCCCCCAUCCAGCCUUUAACUACCCGAUCCCGCCUCUCGUAAGAUAUCGCGACAUCGAUCAGAGGCCUUUCCACCCCCAUCUUCUCUUUCAGGGGAAGCGCGCGCAUGUUCUAGUUCAGAUUACUGAUGAAGAUCAAGAAUUUCUCCGUGGCAAGCUUGAUGAGUCGGACGCAACAUUAGAGACAGAUCUCAUAUCCCCCUAUGGAUCUUGGUGCGGCCACGUAACGUUUGCUUUCGAGAAGGGAGAAAGCGCGCUGGCCACACAUGAAGUCGAGGUGAUUGCCAUGUCCGAGGGAGUGCUGGAUCUUAAGGCGCCAUCCCGUAUCCCGCAUAUGUUUCAAAAGAUCAGGGAAAGGCCAGAGUUUGAGGAUGCAGACGUAUAUGAGGUUGUGAAUGUGCUUUGUAUUGGACAAGGUUUAAAUGGAAAGGUCUAUCGUCGAGCACUGGGCGGAAUUUGGAAACAGGCGUGGGAAGAGUUGGUAACAGAAGAUGUUGAGCUGGUGUUGACAUAA